CAAGUCAAGGUGAUCAAUCUGAAAGGAUUAAUAGUGUAUGUUUUUUGCCACAGGAACAAGAAAAUUGUUGAUUAUUCUCAAUUUGGGGAUUUGGAAGAUGACGAUGAAGACUUUGCAUGUAUAGCUGCACCUUCAAGCAAAAAAUCCAGAACACAGCUCAAGGAACCAAAGAAGGAGAAAAAAGAGAAGCAAAAACAGCCACACAAAGAAUUGACUCCAUCACAAAAGCAGACACCUAGUAAAAGGAUAUCCUUGGAUGACAAACUUUAUCAAAGAGACUUGGAAGUCGCCUUAGCCUUAUCCGUCAAAGAAAAAUCUGCAAAUAUUCUUGAGGUGCAAAAUUCAGAAGAACAAGGUAAGAAUAUUGAAUCGGAAAAUGUACACAGGAGACCUCUUUUUUCCAACUGCAGUGUAGACAGUGAACUUCUAGGUCUCAAUCAGGUUAUGGAUGAUGACGUACCUAGGGAUGACUGUAGGCAAAGGACAGCAGCAUCUAAAGUUCCAGCACAUCAGAAGAAGUUACAGACUGUUGACAGUGAUGAUGGCGAGCAUGCUACUGACUCUGAGCCAGAGUCUGUACCCAGUGAGGAGUCAGAAGAAGAUUCAGAUUAUAGUGAAGGUGAUGAUGAAGACUUUGCUAUGGAAAAGAAGAAAGCCAAAGGAAACAGAAAGAAAACCAAACAAAAGAUGCCAGCUGAAAGAGAGAAGAAAACUCCCAAAUCCAAGAUUAAUAUUAUAGUGUCACCUGUAGUUUCUCCUUCACGGAUAACAGAACAAAAAUCUGAGCCAACACAAAAGAUGAUGUCCAGUUCUUCAGAACCAGUUGGGAGGCCUUUACAUACAUCAAGUCCUGUAACAGACAAGAAGCCUAAAUGGAUACCACCAGCUGCAUCAGGAAGCAGUAAUAACUCUAUGAAAUAUGUUUCGGUUAAGUCACCUACUCAGUGUCUCAGACUCGGCCUCUCCAGACUAGCAAGAGUCAAACCACUGCAUCCCAGUGCUACCAGCAGUUAA